AUGUUCGAAUUUUCAUACCGCGUCUUGUUGAUAAACAUAUCUGUCGAUCAUUACAGGAUGAAUCGUUCCCGUUCACCAAGCGCUACAAAUUUUUUCGACAAUAUUCAACGCACUUUCUCUGGUCUCAAUGACAAAUUGGAGAAAAGCGUUCAGGAACAUUUGCGUAACGUUUACGCAACUGUGGCAGCUGGCGUUGGAGCAGCAGCUAUCGGCGCAGCGGUCCAUAUCUUCACGAAUGUCCUCAGAGCGAAUUUCCUCUUGUCACUGGCAUCGAUCGUUUUGAUGUUCUCUCUGAUUUCGACUCCACAUACUCGAGCGAACGAAAAGAAGAGACUGGCAUAUUUCUUCCUGUUCUGUGGAAUUUCUGGUGUGAGCAUGGGACCACUUUUGGAGCGCGUAAUUGACAUUGACCCGUCGUGUGUAUUGACCGCUUUGUUGGCCACAACUACCGUGUUCGGAUGCUUCUCACUUGUCGCUCUUCAUGCUCCAUCAACGAAGUACAUACACAUGGGAGGUACUCUGGCUUCCGCUGCAUUGUGCCUGUUGUUCGCCUCGUUCUUCGCCUCGUACUACGUCCUAAUCCUUGGAGGGCUCGCUUUGUCAUGUGCUUUCGUGGUGUACGACACUCAGUUGAUUGCGGAGAAAUCUCGCCGUGGAGACGAUGAUUACAUCUGGCACUCAGUGGAACUCUUCAUCGACUUUGCCAACAUUUUCAGAUACCUUGUUGUUCUUCUGGCUGACAAGAAGGAAAGGGAUAACAGGAAGAGAAGAGAUUAA